AUGGGGACUGAUGGCUUUAACUUAGUGGUAGUAGCAAGCCCUUCGGAGUAUUUAGUGAUCAGCGGGAUCGGGAUCACCGACAUAAAGCUUGCGAAGAAGGCAUGGAUCUUCCCGGGCCAGUCCUACAUCAUCUUCGACAUGUCCCCCGUCAACUACACUUUUGAAGUCCAAGCCAUGAGCUCCGAGAAGCUCCCCUUCAUGCUUCCCGCCGUCUUCACCAUUGGCCCCCGCAUCGACGACACCCCCAGCCUCCAGAAGUACGCGAAGCUCAUUUCGCGUCACGACAAGCUCUCCAGCCACGUGAAGGAGCUCGUCCAGGGCAUCAUCGAGGGAGAGACGCGUGUCCUCGCUGCCUCGAUGACCAUGGAGGAGGUGUUUAAGGGGACAAAGGAGUUUAAGCAAGAGGUGUUUGAGAAGGUUCAGUUGGAAUUGAAUCAGUUCGGGCUUUUGAUAUAUAACGCAAAUGUCAAACAGUUGGUGGAUGUUCCGGGACAUGAGUAUUUUAGUUACUUGGGGCAGAAGACACAGAUGGAGGCGGCCAAUCAGGCUAAAGUUGACGUGGCGGAGGCGAGGAAGAAAGGAGAGAUAGGGUCCAAGGAGAGGGAGGGGCUGACGCUGCAGAACGCGGCGAAGAUUGACGCUGAGACGAAGAUCUAUGCGACGAAGAGGGAAGGGGAGGGAAAGAUGGCGGAGAUAAAGGUGAAAGCAGAGGUGAAGGUGUAUGAGAAUGUGACGGAGGCUGAGGUGGCGGAGGCAAAUGCUGAGCUGGCGAAGAAGAAGGCUGGGUGGGCAAAGGAGGCAGAGGUGGCGGAGGUGGAGGCCGCGAAGGCAGUGGCGUUGAGGGAUGCGGAGCUGCAGACGCAGGUGGAGAGGAUGAAUGCCUUGACCAGGACGGAGAAGCUUAAGUCUGAGUUUUUGAGUAAGGCCAGCGUUGAGUAUGAAACAAAGGUACAAGAGGCAAAUUGGGACUUAUACAACAAGCAAAAGGCCGCCGAAGCAACUCUUUACCAGAGGGAGAAAGAGGCUAAGGCACAGAAGGCAGUUGCAGAGGCAGAAUUCUAUGCUCGUCAACAAGUUGCAGAUGGAGAAUUUUAUGCAAAGAAAAAAGAGGCUGAGGGUCUCAUAGCCCUUGGACAAGCCCAAGGUGCAUAUCUACGCAGUCUUUUGGACGCAGUUGGAGGCAACUAUGCAGCCAUGAGGGACUUCAUGAUGAUCAACAGCGGCAUGUUUCAAGAAAUUGCUAAAAUUAAUGCCGAAGCCGUACGUGGACUUCAACCCAAGAUCAGCAUUUGGACUAAUGGGGGUGGAGAGGGCGGCGAUGGCAGCAGCAAUGGGGCCAUGAAGGAGGUUGCUGGAGUUUACAAGAUGUUGCCACCAUUGUUCAAGACAGUUCAUGAACAAACUGGAAUGCUGCCACCGGCUUGGAUGGGCACUUUGCCAAAUUCUGGUUCUAACAAUUGA